AUGGAAGGAAAUGGUAAUCAAAGGGCCAGGGAAGAAGUACUUGCAACCACAUCCGAUGAAAAUGAGAAUUGUGAAGUCGCAUCUAGUGACGAACAAGAAAUCAAUCCUGGCAGUUCAUGUUCGAGUUCACGACAAUAUAGUCGUUAUACACAAGAGCAAAUUGAAGAACUCGAAAAAUUCUUCAACAAAAGCUCUCACCCUACUGAGAAAGAAAGGUUUGAAAUUGCAAAUAAACUCAACAUCACUAUCAAAAAGGUCAAAUUUUGGUUCCAAAAUAAAAGAACUCAAUUGAAGACUCAAACGGAGCGACAUGAGCAUACGAUUCUAAAGCAAGAAAACGAGCAACUAAGGCUUGAGAAUUCAGCAUUGAUAGAAGCCCUAAAGAACGCACUCUGCAGCAAAUGUGGUGGUCAAGCAACAAUACCGGACGGGUCCAUUCACAAACACAAAGUCGUGAUAGAGAACGCAUGGUUGAAAGAGGAGCUUAGCCGCAUAACUAGUCUCGCAAGUCAAAAUUUUGUCAUGCCAUUGCCAAACAAAGUGACAAUUCCUAGAGACACUUUAAACCCAAACGUGAUUCGAUCACAUAUGGGUUUCGACAUACCCUCUCAAAGAAAUGGAUAUCUUGUGCAAGUAUCAAAAGCCAUGGAAGUGCUCUUAAAGCUAGGGAUUACAAAUGCUCCACUAUGGAAUAAAAACAAGAAAGGUGGAGGAGAAACCCUUAAUUUUGUUGAAUAUGUAAGGGCUUUUCCUUCUUGUCUUGGAACAAAACCACCUGGAUUCAUAUCCGAUGCUACACGGGCUAGCAGCGUGGUACCGAUGACUAGUUCAACCCUUGUAGAAGCAUUACUCAACGCGGAUCAAUGGAGAGAAAUGUUUAUGGGCAUAAUUGGCAGUUGUACUACAAUGGAAGUGAUUUCCAAUGGUAUAGGAGGUUCAAGAAAUGGUUCUCUCCAACUUAUGAAAGCCGAAAUUCAAUUCAUUUCGCCUUUAGUGCCUGUUCGAGUUAUGGAAUUUAUUCGAUACGCCAAACAACAAGCUGAGGGGCUAUGGAUUGUGGUUGAUUUGUCCAUUGAUUCCGGAAUCGAAGGGCACAUGGCAAAAAGGUGUCCUUCUGGUUGUAUCCUACAUGAUAUGCCAAAUGGUUUCUCCAUGGUUACGUGGAUCGAACAUACCGAAUACAACGAGCAAUCGGUCUCCCAGCAGUAUCGUCAGUUAAUCAGCUCGGGUGUGGGCUUCGGUGCACAAAGAUGGAUUAGUGCACUUUUGCGGCAUUGUGAGAGCAUAAGAGCCAUCACGUCACCCACUCUCAACCACCACUUGCUUCAAGAUACAAAAAGAAGCUUAAUAGGCCUAGCAAAACGUAUGACGAGUAUCUAUUGUGGUGGAGUUUGUUUGACCGAUGGUCAACGAUGGGAUUUGGUUGCGGAUCAUGCACCGGGAAGACCAAGGAUCAUGGCACGCAAUUUCAUAAGUGGUUUCAGUGAACCAAUGGGAAUAGUCACUAGUGCAACCUAUUCAGCCUGGAUGCCAGCAAAUCACCAACACUUGUUUAAUAUGUUGAUAACAAAAGACAGGUGUAUUUGGGAUGUGAUAUACCAUAGGGUUGCUGCUAGAAACGUGAUUCGUUUACCGUUAGACCAAGAUGAAACAAGUCCUAACUGCAUCUCCAUUUUAAAUUCCAAUAUUGAAAUGCCAACCGAAGACGAUCAGGUUAUGGUGUUGCAGGAGACAACAAGUGAUAUGACAGGAUCACUCAUUGUCUAUGCAACUGUGGAUUUCCCAACAGUAUCUAUGGUGAUGAAUGGCGAGGACAUUUCUUCUGUGGCACUCUUGCCAUCUGGGUUAUGUAUCGUCCCAGGUUAUGGUGAAGAUGGUGCAAAUGGUGAGCGUGGAUCAAUGGUGACUGUGGGGUUCCAACUAUUGCACCCCGAUAUAGCUACCUCAAACCUGGUCACAAUGGAAACCAUCACCACGAUAAAUGAUCUAGUGGCACGAGCAGUUCAAGGAAUCAAAGAAAUUGUUCGAUCGAGUCAACAAUAA